AUGUCACUCGUGACUCGGAAGGGGGUUUACCCGUACGAGUACACGGAUGGAUGGAAGCGGUUAGAUGAAGUAAGACUACCUAGGAAGAAAGAAUUUUAUAGCACGUUAAAUGAGUCGGGAAUAAAGGAAGAGGAAUAUGAUCACGCGAAGGAGGUCUGGGACCACUUCGGUUGUAAGACGUUGGGCGAGUACAGUGAUUUGUAUUUGAAAAUCAACGUUUUGUUGUUGGCAGACUUCUUUGAGAAUUUUCGCGAUGUCUGUAUGAAAACGUAUAACCUUGAUGCCGCUUACUACUUUACCGUACCUGGGCUGAGCUUUGACGCAAUGAUGAAAUUUACAGGUCAAAAGUUGCAGCUGUUGACUGAUUAUGAUAUGUUAUUGAUGUUUGAGGAUGGUAUUCGUGGUGGAUUGGUACAGGCAAGCAUGAGGUACGCGAAGGCGAAUAAUAUAAAGACCCCAGACUAUGACAAGACUAAGGAUAAAUCUUGGUUGAUAUAUCAAGACUGUAAUAAUCUCUAUGGUUGGGCUAUGAGUCAGUACAUGCCAUACGGUAACUUCAACUGGGUUGAAUCCAACCUGAACGGACUGAGCGAGAUGUCACCAACGUCAGAUAAAGGACGAGUAUACGAAGUCGAUAUCUCAUACCCACAACACUUACACGAUCAUGAUAACGAUCUACCUUUCCUACCACAAAACGGUAUACCACCAGGUUCGAAGGUAAAAAAAUUGAUGGCAACGUUUCAGCAGAAGAGGAAUUAUAUUAUUCAUUAUAGGAACCUGCAGCAGGCAAUUGAAAAUGGGUUGAUAGUUGAUAAAGUACAUAGAGUUUUAGAGUUCAGUCAGUCUGCAUGGUUAGCAGAUUACAUUAACUUAAACACUGAAAUGAGAAAGAAGGCAAAUAAUGACUUUGAGAAGGACUUUUUCAAAUUAAUGAACAACGCAGUAUUUGGGAAGACUAUGCAAUCGAAAAGGAAAGAAAUGAAGAUGGAGUUAGUGUCAUGUGAGAGACGAUUACAAAGACUUAUUAAUAAAACGACAUUUAAGCAUACGACUAGGUAUAGUGAAAACCUGAAUGCGGUCGCACUGGAAAACAAAAUAAUAAAAUUUGAUAAACAUAUCUAUAUUGGAUUUGCUGUACUUGACAUCUCCAAGACGAUGAUGUACGAUUAUCAUUAUAAUGUUAUGAAAAAACAUUAUACUAAUAAUAUCAAGCUUAUGUAUACUGACACAGAUUCAUUGAUAUACCUUAUUAAAACCGAUGAUUUUUAUAAAGACUUACUUGACAACUCCAACUUGAUGGAUAGACUGGAUACGGCGGACUUACCUCCUAUCCACCUGUGCUACACUACAGCUAGGAAAAAGGUGCCAGGCUUUUUCUCAGACGAGGUAAAAGGACAUACGAUGACCGAGUUUUGCGCACUACGUGCAAAAUCAUACGCGUACAACAUAAAUGCAGGAGAAGAGGAUGCGGUGAGAGAUAAGGACGAUAAGGAUAAAGUUGGUGGAGAAAAUAUCAAGGCUAAGGGGGUAAGACAGCAUGUGGUUAAAAACCAUAUGACGUUGGAGGAACAUAGAAGGUGUUUGUUUGAUGAAGGUAGAGUGGAGGCAUAUAAAAUAUUAGAUAAUAUAUCAAUCAGAUCGUUCAAACACCAGCUCAUGACAAUAAAAACAAAAAAGUUAACAUACAACAAUUAUGACGACAAGCGAGUGGUAUUGAUUGAUAAAAUACAUACCUUAGCUCAUGGACAUUACAGUAUAGAGUAA